AUGGAAGAAGCAUUUAGUAAGCUCAAAUUCUUUAUAGAAUUUGACAGAGUUGGGAGGAUGGAGAAGGCUACUUGUAACCAUGGAGGAGCUCUUCUGCUUCUACUUAUAUUUCUCUACUCUGCAAGCACAGCUUUUGCUGAGGGCUGGAUGCCAGCCACUGCAACUUUCUAUGGUGGAAGUGAUGCCUCUGGCACUAUGGGAGGAGCUUGUGGCUAUGGAGACCUAUACCAAGAUGGAUAUGGAAUUAAGAACUCUGCACUCAGCACUGCCCUCUUCAACGAUGGAGGCUCUUGUGGAGAAUGCUUUCAGAUUGUCUGUGACACCACAAAGGCAGCAAAGUGGUGUAAGAGAGGCACUUAUAUCACUAUAACAGCCACCAAUUUUUGCCCACCAAAUGACAAUCUACCCAGCGACAAUGGCGGAUGGUGCAACCCACCAAGGCAACACUUUGAUAUGUCUCAGCCUGCUUGGGAGACUAUUGCCAUCUAUAGAGCUGGGAUUGUCCCUGUAUUCUACAGAAGGGUUCGGUGCAAAAGGAGUGGAGGGGUGAGAUUCACCAUUAAUGGAAGGGACUACUUUGAUCUUGUUCUGGUAAGCAACGUAGGAGGGAGUGGCAUAGUGACUGCCAUGUGGAUCAAAGGCUCCAACACAGAUUGGAUGAUAAUGAGCCGAAACUGGGGAAUGAAUUGGCAAAGCAAUUCCUACCUCAAUGGACAGAGCCUCUCCUUCAGAGUUCAAACUGAUGAUGGCAGAACCAAAACUUUCAAUAAUGUAGCUCCUUCCAACUGGAAAUUUGGUGACACAUUUGCCACUUCAAUCCAGUUUUAA